AUGUCAUUAAACGAAGAUUUAAAUUUAGAUUCUAAACCAGUUUAUAAUUUAAUAGAACUAGGUUUAGAGGAAUACGAAGAGAAUGAAUUAGUUCUUAAUACUGUACAUGACUUAAUGCAAUUUUUUAAUCAAUCAAAUUGCAAAUGUCGUCCAAAAUCUAAAUCAAAAGAUUUAAGAACAUGCUAUGAAAAAGUAGGCUUUAAAAAUUUUUUUGAAAGACAUUUACAAAUACGUGCUCUAGAAAAAUCUGAACUUGAUUUAUUCUUAAAAGCACAAUUAAUGGCAUUUGAAAUAACAAAUAUUAAAUUAGAAGAAGCUCAAAAAGAAAAACAUAAUUUUAGAUAUGCCUAUAAUUCAUCCUAUCCACUUUGUAAACCUGCUUUUUUAAAGCUUUAUAGUAUAAAUGAAUAUAUUCUUUCAAUAUUACAAGAUCAUUUAUAUAGUAAAGGAUUAGUAGAACGAAUUCAUGGUAAUACUGGACGUGCAGCUAAAAGAGAAAGUAAAGUAUUUCUUGAUUCAAGUGUUACUUUUCCUAUAAAAAAUAUUUAG